AUGGCUGCACUUGAGCCUUAUGCCCCGCCUCCCCAGACCAACGAGGAAUUGGAUUGGAUAGAGCUAGAAGCACUCGAUAUUUCCCUUCUCGACCAUCUAGACGGAAAAGAUGUCCUGGCUAAACAAGUUCUCCGUUUCAUCAACAAGAAUGGUUUUUUCCAUGUCGUCGGGCAUGGCAUCACCGAUGAACAAGUCAAUCGGCAAUAUGCAAUAGCAAAAGCAUUCUUUGGGAUUCCCUUAGAGGAGAAAUUAAAAUACCUGUGCCGUUCAGAAGUCGGUGAUUUUCGAGGAUAUAAACCCCAGUCCACGGGAGAUCUGGCUGGGAGGGAUAACGAUGAACGGUAUAACAUUCCCAAAUUCACCCCAGAGCAUGAACGGCCUCAUCCUCAGGUUAUUCUGGAUCAUCUGGAGGAGAUCAAAGAGUUUUCACUCCACAUCCAUAAUCGAAUACUCUUGCCUCUACUACGCCUGUUUGCAUACGUCCUCGAGAUCGACGAAGAAUAUCUGAUCAACAUCCACCGCUACGAAGCAAAAGGCCUGGAAUAUCUGCGAUACAUGCAAUACCAUCCCAGAACAGUCGAACAAGAUCAGCAACUAAACAACAUCUGGGCAAGAGGCCAUACAGACUACAACACCCUCACCUUCCUGUUCCAUCAACCCGUCGCAGGUCUCCAGGUCCAAAACUCCGACUCCGGAAAAUGGAACUACGUCAAGUCAAACCCGGGCGCCAUCAUUGUCAACAUUGCCGAUGCGCUGGAGUAUCUGAGUGGCGGUUUUCUCAAGUCGACUGUUCAUCGGGUUGUGCGCCCCCCUGAAGACCAAGCAAACCAGCCACGGCUUAGUUUGAUUUAUUUUGCGCGACCAGAAGCCAAUGUGACGAUGAAGCCGGUGAAAAGUCCAUUGCUGGAGAGGUUGGGUUUGCAGCUUCCUGACGCUGAUCUCAAGGCGCUGGAGAAUAUUUCUGCAGAGGAAUGGGCCAGGGCACGUAUUGCGAAAGAUCAUCGAUAUCGAACGGGGGUGGUCAAGGCCGAGGAAAAAGAGAUUAUCGCAGGUGUCCAUCAGAAGUUCUAUCAUUGAGAUGGUCGCAUUUCGCCAUUUCAAAUAUCCUAUGCCUCAUAAAACAAAAUAUGAACCUUCCAGGGAAGAGAAGCAGGAAUUGCUUUUAAUUUCGAUGUUGUUGGUUUCGAAGACUGUUGUUGAGUUGCGGAGGUUAUAUAUAUUUUGUGAGGUACAUACUCAAAGCAC